AUGGAGUUGAUCCUAAAGAAGGACGCAAAGACUCACCAAGCACUUAAGAAUCAUGCUGAUACUAUUCAUAACCAAGAAUUGCAAAUACAGCAGAUGGCUAAAGCACUACAAAACCGAAAUCAAGGUGGUUUACCGUCCACUACUGAGGCAAAUCCAAGAGAGCAAGUCAGGACGAUAACACUAAAGAAUUCAAAAGUGUUGCCUAAAGCUCAUGCAGAGAAGGUUAUAUUAGAGGCAGAAAAGGAGCAGCAUGAGGAAACUGAACCUGAAAAGGUAGUCACUAAGCCUACUCCACUACCUCCGUAUGUACCAAAAAUACCAUUCCCACAGCGAUUGAAGAAGCCGCAAGAUACUUGGAAGUUUCACCAGUUUUUAGAAACUUUCAAGAAGCUGCAAAUCAACAUCAAUUUGGCUGACGCAUUACGAGAAAUGCCACAUUAUGCCAAGUUUUUAAAGGACAUCCUUAUGAACAAGAGGAGCUGGGAUAAGAAUACGGUUCCAUUUACUGAAAAUUGCAGCUCAAUCAGCUUGAGCAAAAUACCAACAAAGCUCGAUGAUCCAGGGAGUUUUACUAUUCCUUGUACUAUUGGUGAUUUGCAAACUACUAAUUGUCUUUGA